AUGAAACGAGUCUUACCGCUACUGCUGGCGACAGCAGCGACGCUGACAUGCGCCCAUCCUCUAUACCCCGAGGUGUCAUCAGCGUUCAACCCUGGCAACCACACCGGAGACGGUCUCACGUACGCAGGAAUCGUCCAGGGGCGUAUUCCUCAGGUGCAGGACAUAUGCAUGAACGCUCCUCAGAGCCAGAUCCCCAUUCUCCUCUCAGAGCUCUGCGUCGACGUCCUGAAAGCCUCACUCAAUAUGUUGAAAGGCUGGGAAGAAGAGUACCACGAGGCUAUGCAAAUUGAGUGGCACAAGAAGGGCAUCUGGACGACCGAUGACAAGCGGAGCCAUGAGCUGGCGCAGGCCUCUGUCCUCUGGUAUAAGGUCGUGAAUGUGGUCACACGAGCUGUUACCGCUCAUUUUGAGCACAAGGAUGAGAUCCCGGAUCCUGAGACUAAUAUCAAGAUGUUGACGUUCCUUCAGAAUGAUAUUAUUACCCUUGGACAAGUCCGAAGGCAGAGGCCGGAGAUGGAGUAUUCUCCGAAUGAUGAUGAGGCAGGGAAGGACAAGACGGUCCUGGAUCAGGGUGAUAUCCUCGCCAGUGAGAACCCCUCCCGCGUGGAAAAUGAAGAGGUCGAAGGCCCCUCAGAGCCAGAAAUGGUCGACCACACCUCAACCAUCGACGGCGAAGAAGUCCACAUGUACCUCCCCGUCUGUGACCAAGCCUGCCAGAACGCCACCCACUUCACUAGCUGGUUCAGCAUGAGCACAAUUGCGGUCCAUCAAGCAUGUGAAAGCGGUUGUUACACAACACGUUGUCUGAGCAUGACCCAAAAUUCUCUCGCAGACCUCCUGGGGUUCAAUGACUACUACAACAGCCAUGACCCUGACAGUCCGGACUGGCAAAUUCACAGCACCCAGCGGACUGCGGAAGAACUGCUGAUGAAGAUUGAGAAGGCGGUUCUUAUGGCGCAGCUGGAAUGGGCCACAGAUAAUCAUGCCAGUGAGACUGGCCAGAUGCUGAUCAAGAUCAAGGAUGAUCUGUGGCAGUUGCGGAGCCAGAAGCACUGGCCAGGCCAGAAGGUACCCUCGCCUCCGCCAGAUCUUUCUCAGCAGGAAGGCGGGAGACUAACUCCCGAGAGUGCGACUCCAGAUCCUGGCCAAGUGAAGGUGAUACCCACAGUACCGGAGCAAAACACCAAGAUGAGCACCUGGUCACUCGUCAAAAUGCCACUGGGACUAAUGUCUCUUCUACUCCUGAUGGCUGCGGUGUUUCAAGGACUUCGCGCGAGCCAUGUGUUCGAAGAGAAGACGGACCAGCGCUAUGAGCUUGAGCAAGGCAUGACUGAACGUCUGCGUGAGGACGACGAGCUCUUGGCCGAUGCAUCGGUGUGGGAUCGCCCUUGGUCUGAGCUGAAGCUGUGUUGA